AUGUUGCCAUGUGUCUGCUGGCUUCAACUUAUCCUCAUCUUGCUGUCCUCUGUCUUAUGGACCCGGGGGGAAAACUGCCCAGCAACCUGCUUGUGCCCAGAUCCUCACACUGUGGACUGCAGCGGCCGUGGGCUCACCCGUCUACCCGAUGAGAUCCCCUUGGAUGUGCGCAGGCUUUUGCUGGCCGACAACUGGAUACCCCGCAUCCCCUCGGACUUCCUGGUUCUGUACAGUGACUUGGUCUACCUGGAUCUCCGGAACAACUCCCUCUCCCACAUAGAACCUGGGACCCUUAGCACAUCUUCCAGGCUGGUCUUCCUGGACCUGGGCAGCAACAAUCUGACUGAAAUCCCCAAGGGGACUUUUGGGGAGUCCCGGAGCUUGAUCAAAUUAAGACUGGGAAACAAUCCAUAUCUGAGCAUGGUGAGCGAGGAUGCUUUCCUGGGCCUCACCUCCCUGAGAGAACUCGAACUGGAGCGUAAUGCGCUGUCUACCCUAAAGGUGGGGGCACUGAGUCAGUUGCCCUCCCUGCGGGUGGUGAGACUAGAGGGCAACCCUUGGGUGUGCAACUGCAACUUUGCCAACCUGUUCGCCUGGCUGAUGGAGAACAGCCACAAGCUUCCAAAUGGAGUGGAUGGCAUGGAGUGUUCCCUCCCUAUGGAUGGCAGACGUGUAUCCCUGACCCAGCUCUCCAAGGACAGCUUUCGUGAGUGCCAGGCCACUCUGACUCUAACAGACCUGCUCAUCAUCAUUUUCUCUGGCAUCUCAGUGUCUGUGGUGGCCAUCAUGACCAGUUUCUUCCUCGCUUCAACUGUUCACUGCUUCCAGCGCUGGAGUAAAGGCACCAAGGGGGACGAGGAGGAGAGUGAGGAGUGAGAAGGAUUUUUUUUGUGUGUUUUCUGAAGGGCCCGUGUGGUCCUGGUACUUCAAACAAUGAGAGGACAUGGCAACAGCAUGCGCCCCAUGCUGUCUGUUCCCUGGUGGAUAUCCAGGUCUGUUUAAUGGUAGGAUCUCACCCUGGCACGUUUGCAGUUGUUUUCUUUGCACAUGGACAUCUGAAAUAUGGUGAUAAAAGACAUUCCCAAGGAAUGAGUCCCAUUAAAGGUUAGUGAGUGUGCUGCUCCACUCGUAAAAUGCUAUUAUAUUUUUGGCUGUGGGAGCCUGUGGUCUUCAUUUAUGACCACCAGGUCACGGCUCAGCGUUAUAGGCCGACACAAAUAAGACAAGGCCAACACCUUUGUAAUGAAAAAGAAAUUGAUUACAAAAAAGAGCCGUUGCUGUAGUGCUGUCACGUUAGUCUUAGAGAAACCAAAAAACGUAUCAAAAUCUACUAAUGUUGAACAUUUAACUCUGGAAUCUGAAAUCCUGUAAAAUGGCAUCAAAGUUAGUGUGACUUUUUGGAUGACCUUCUUUUGGGCUUUAUCUGGGAAAGGCAGAAACUUUAAUGUUGAUCCUGUUGGGGGAAAAAAAGGAUGUCAUACUGACCAAUGACCUCAGUAUUUAACUGCCUAUAACACGAUAUGCUGGCAUAUCCUGCCAUUUAUAGUGUCUCUUUUGGACAGCCUCACUCACUGACAUUAAAAAGUUGUUCACAAGGAGUUAAGAAGAAAAACACUGUUGUUCCUUAUGUGUGUGAAAUUAAACAGCGGCAGCAAGGUCAUUUGAACAAGAAAGAUUUGGGUGAUGAUGUACUGUAGGCACAAAGAGAGUCUACACAUUCUUUUAGCAGUAUAUUCAUUAUAUAAUCGAAAACUGAUGUACAAAAGAGAACAUUGUACAGACAAACAAACAUAGACAUCAAAAGGAUAUACUGUUUAUCCCUUAGAUUGAUAACUGUGAACUGUGUAGAAAGAAAUUCAGAAAAUAUCCACGGUAUAAUCUUGGAAAUUAUUGCAAAUAUGAUAUUAAAAUAGAAUCUAUGUAGAAUUAUUGUGUCAAAUAAUGCACUUUAAUGGUGAACCUAAUUUUUUUUGCAAAGCCCCUAAUUACAUCAUGUAGACUGGUACUGUCUUUAUCUGCCAAAGAUUAGGUUUUAGGUGGAAGAAAGACUCUGUUGUGGACGGUGUGUUAUUUAGUGCGGUAGGGAUAGCUCCUAAUUAGAAGCCAAAUCACACUUUGUAUACACACAUUGUACUCAAACAGUUAUGGUCUCCAAAGAUUUACAUUUUCUUCUAGUCUGUCUGUGAGUGAACCAAGUGUCUUACUUGGCUUCACACGUGGCGAUCUCUGAACUGUAUUUUAACAGAAAGACCACUUCAGAACAAAACAUUUGGUGUACGAGGGUGGCAAACAAGAGUUUAGUUUCUUGAGGAAUAAAUAAAUGUCUGUUGUUGUCUUUGAGAUAUCCAUAUCAUCAUCAUAUUGUCCUUUAACUAAAAAUCUUAAAUAUCUUUGCAGUAAAAGCUGCUGACGUCAUAUUCUGGAAAAGUCUCGUGUCUAAACUCUUACUGUAUCAACAGCAUCUGCAUUCACAGAAGUGUCAGUGCAGUACAUUCUAAAUUUAAUAAAUCAGUGCCCUCAAUAUUAUGGGUUUCUGCUUGUUAUUUGCAUUCUGUAUAUUUAAAUCCUUCAUGAUUGGGAGCACACAAAACUGGACUCCCCAAUCCCCCUCCAAAAAACCCAAAAAAAACAACAAGGUAUAUUGUAUUGCUUCUCACAUUCUUGUAAGGCAUGAAUAAUUCAGUGAAAUUGAGAUAUGAAGCAGAAAGAAUGUCAAGCCUCUAAAUGCAAACAAGCAGAGGAUAGAGAAAGAGCCACGAGCAAACAGAGUCAUCCUUUUCUGUGUGGAUAACAGAAGAUAAAAAGAAUUCCAAAUGCCUCUGUCCCUUUAGAACAAGUCAUAACCCUGAAUGUGCAACGUUUGGAAGCACAUUUUGCAGAAAUGACAAAACAUAAAUGUGGCCUUAUUUGUUUCUUUGUUAUUUUUCAUUUGUGUAGGCAUCAAUCAAUAAAAGCACAAAGAUUUCACAGGAGACUAAUAUACUUUGGUACACCCUAUAAACAGGGCGUAUCAUUGUCACGCUGUAUGUUGGUACCGGCCUGUAUCGUCACUGUAUGUUUUCAUUGAUGUGUGUUGUCACAUGUUGUGCUCAAACGGGCACAUCUUGUUAGCAGUGUGAGAUCUGUACUGUAUGGAUGUUGUGUAUUUGCCAGAAUUCAAAGGUGGAACACUUUGGAGACACGUGUCCAUUGGAAAUGAUCUACUGGCCUUUCACUAAACCCCUUCCCUCAACUGUCCAGCCAUAACUUAGUAACUGUAACUAGGCAUGUCAGCAUGCCUGUAAAGCUUUGGAUUCCUCCAUAUGUUGACGCCGUGUGCAUGCUCCUAAAGAUGAGCAGUGAAUAUCUUAAGGGUUCAGAGGGUGAUGUCUUUCUUAAAAACCUAAAACAUAAGAGUGAACAUGAUAUAACAGAUUAAACUUUGUCUUUAUCUGCUCUAACCUAAGCUGCAAAUGAUAGCAUGGCUGACUAACUAGCUUACAUGGCUAGGUUUCUUUUGUGGGGGUCACACCUGUUCAGAACGACCACAUUCACUCUCUGGGAGCCAAGAUGCUAUUUUAUCAGAUGAUCGCUACUCAGUCAUGCUUUUGGGGAAGUUGACACUCAAGCAACUCCAACCAAACAUGUGUUGGAUACUGCUACACUUGCCAAAUUGAUCCCUUUCCUCAAAUCCUUUUCUCUUGUGACGGUACUGUUUGAAAAGCAUAGCAUAAAUCGAGCUGCAUGUCCAGGUGUGUUUUUCUACAGUAGGCAUCCAAAUGUUAUUUUUUAAUUCCAAUGCAAUUCUGUUAUGUUGCGGCUGACUAGUUCCAAACACAAAGUGCCGCUAAUUUAAAUAUGUCUCGAACCAACAACUGAGGAGGUCAGUAGCUGUGUUUCUAUAACGUGCUUUUAUGCACAUUUUUAAUGACUUCAUUGGAAAUAGUAGCGAAAUAAAAUAAAGAUUAAGAAA